GAGCAGGUCUUAGGUGGCAUUCCUGAGCAGCAGAUACAAUGUGACACCUUUCAUUGGACAAAAAGUAAUGAGGAGGAGGAGGAGGAGGACGAUGACUCUUCCUGAGGCUGAGCUGAGAUGUAGAAUCCGACUGAAAUGUUAGCUGUGGGUAACGGUGAAGCAUGUGAUCCGGUUGGACUCGAAUGAAUGAAACUGUAAGUUUAGCUGCUUCCUCCUCUGCACGUACAAGCUUGUUCAUGUGAGAUGAGUCACUCAGGCUUGCGUUCCAUGAACCCACCCACACUGUUAAACUAUCAGCUCCCCAUCCAACCUCUGCACCAAGACUGAGGGAUUCUUCAAACGGAAUAAAUGAAUUAGUGUGCAUGGUGGCCCAGUAAACCUCAGAGACUUCACCCUGAAGCUUCUGCCAGACCUGUAGUUUAUUUUCCCUUCCUUCUGCGUCUUCCAGUCGGCUCUCCCUGGUCUCGCUUUAGGAGGCCAACCUUUCAGCAUCUCCGUUGAAUUGCCUCGGAAAUCUGUUUCCACGGCAACCAGGGUACCAAAUACUCUCCCAGCGGCGACUUGCCGGUGCGUCCUUUGUUUACACUUUUCAUAUCCAUGAUGACUUACAGUUGCAAUGAGCUGAUAUUUCAGGGGCUCAAGGACAGAGCCAGUCAAUCGUGCGCUUUGACACCUACAGCAUCUAGAUGUAUAUUUCAGAUGACAUGCGUCUUUGGAAAAAAAUGUCCUGAUUGUAAAUGUAAUUUUUAUCUAAGCUCAUGUUGAAUUCCUUCAACCCGAAACACCUGAAAAAACUGUGAAUCCCAAUGCGCAUCUGCGCGCGCUGGGAGUUUCCCUGUUGCGCGCUCUCGUAAGACAACAUUCAAAUGUGACCACGGCUGAUGUAACAGUAACCAGAGGCAACGUUUGGAUACCCUUCUAGUGAUUACAUUUUUCAUUUAUCAGACGUAUUCAAACCCAACACACGCCCUCCACCUUUUUUUCCAAAAAAAAAAAAAAAUCUUGCGCUUGCGCGUAACGGAACCGGGAGCUGUCCUGGUGCUGAACUGAGAAAAAGGCGUUCCUCUUCCAUUCCUUGACGGUCCCCCACCUGAGCAGAGAUUUCUCUCUCCCAAGCCAAGGAUGGGGUUCUAACAGAACAAGUCCUUAGCUCUCCAACGACGCCAGAUGAGAGCAACCAGCCGACGCGUCAGAGAGUUGCGUCUCCUCCACGCGUGAACGGUGGACUCUUGUUCCUUCAUCCCUCUGCCAUGCGCUUCGGGGAGUCAGAGUUUCAUGGAAGUAAACUAUGAUCUGUGGCUGCAUCGAGGAAUGUCUCCUGUAUUUUUGUGUGACACAAGGCAGCCGAAACAACGUGGUCCGGAGAAAAGCGGCGCCCCUGUUUGGAUUAUGUGCUUGACUAAUGUAAACAUAUGGGAGAAAUAAAAAAGUGAACAGAUGGGGAAACCAUCGGGAAUGAAUCACUCCUUCGUUAAGGUCUUGGCAGCUUUAUUUACAUACUUGAUGGAGACAAGAAAUUGCGGACUUGUGAAUGCAAAGGAGCACGAUUCCAGAUCAUCCAACAUGUCGCCAUCAGACUUUCUGGACUCGCUCAUGGGUCGUACGUCCGGGUACGAUGCACGCAUAAGACCCAAUUUUAAAGGUUUGUCUGUUACCUUAUUGUUGUCUCAGGAAAAAUGCACACACUUCACUUCCCACGUGUUAGCAUAAACGUAUAUAGGCACAAAGCUGGCACUGAAAGUGUGGACACAAAUGUACUUUUAAGACUGUGAGAGAACACUAAGAAUUAUUAGUCCUCUCACUUUAAAUAUGUUUUUAAAUCAUAAACCAUCUCCAAAUCUGUUUUCAGAUUGUUUGAGAUGGAUGGGUUACACUUUAAAAAUAGAAAAGAAGACAGAGCUUGUAGAUAAAACUGCCACACUCCCAAAGGCUGGUUCUGACAUCAGGGAGAACCCCCAUGACAUCCCACAUUAUGGAUGGAGGCCUGGUGGGAAGGCUGCAGGCGACUCUGUCCCUCUGUUGUUGUUGCUGACAUGCAGAGGACACACGCAGCUUCUUUUGAGUGUGAAGAGCCUAGAGCUUUUUCUCACUCCAGAUUGGGUCAGGUGGGGUGGGACUUGGGGACUCCAGCUGGCAAAACAACCUGAGUGUGGGAUUCAAAAAACACAAGAUCCUUUCCUUCCAUUUAGCAUGACAAGUAAAGGCUGAGGUGGACCUCAGAUGAAAGGAGAUGUUAUUAAGAGACACACACACAUACACACACACACACACACUCCUAGAUGUUUGUGCUUCGAUCUGUGCCAUAUUCUUGGACUCCAGAAGUCUUGAACACACAGAAAACAAACAGAUCCUGAUGGAGCGGCUGCGGUGUAAACAGAUGGUUUUGGGUUGGGAACCUGCGAGUCAAUCUUUGAAGAGUUUUGAACGCUGCUUUUGAAGUCUGACCCAGAUUUUCUUGCUGAGUUUGUUGUGAGAAGGAGCUGCCUUCCUUCUUUCCUUCUGCUGUUAAAAUGUUGCAACCUGACAACAAACUCAAGCAAAUAUUAAUACUGAGAGUCAUGCAAUAUUGAUGAGAAAAACACAGGGGGAAGGGCACCGGGAAGGACUUACAACUCCACAUCUGUGCUGGAGGGGAGAACAUUUUUUUUACUGUGACUGUACGAGGAAAGCGAGCCACGGAGAUGAAACUCCAGACCGUUCUGUGGUGGAAAAUUAUUUAUAACAGCUUGUUAAGCCCAUUCAACGGUGCUGAAAAAAGAAAUGACCUGACUUUAUUGGUAUUUCAAAAACAAACAUGUAAAAAUUGAUAAUUUUUUAAGUAUAAAUUGAAGAAAAUUAUGAAAGGCAGUGUUUUAUUUUUGAACUAAUUCAAAAUGAAACAUAUUUAGAGUUUCUUGUGGCUAAACGAGUGCUGUAUUUUCCAGAGUAUGAGUCACAGGAGCCAAAAAGUGCACUAUAAAAAAGAAAAAAAUCAUGUACAUGGCACUCUGGAGCAUCGGUCGCACUUUCGGGAGAAAAGUGCAACACUUUUGAACUAAUCUGCCAAGCUCAGUGUGAUGCUGCGUUCAUUCUGAACGUGAUUCACACGUCAAAUUCGCGUCUGAUGCCUCUCUAUCAAUUUGCAUCAAAUCUGAUGCUAAACGCUUGUCUAAAAAUGUGUUUAUAAACUUAACACUCCCGUCGAGGGUGGGAGAAGCUACUGUCAAGUUUAUAGCCUCAUCGCUACAUGGAAGCAUUGACUGUAUCAUUUACAAUGAACAGAAGACACGGAUGAUGUUGAGAGAGCAGGUUUAUUUAUCUUUAAAAGUUCUACAGAAUUAUCUGUGAACACGUCUCCAUGUUGGGUUUGGUCUUUUAAUGGUGAUCUACCUGCUACUGCAGGAGCUGCAUCUAAAGGACGGCGCUUCCAGCGGUACUUUCAUCUCUCUGUUACCCAGCUUGAUGACUUGCUGUCCCGCGGUAGUACGAGGAUGGAAACAAUAAAAUUGAGACGAAUAAUAAUGUCUCAACGUAAAUACGAAAAAUAUCAUAAAGUUCAGGAGGAGAAUGAUCAGAUUCUCUUCCAUGUUUGAUUUAGACGACGUUUCUUCUUUUGCGUUUCUGUCAGUAGCAAAUACUGACUCACUUACCCACAAAUCCCUCUGGCGGUUGCUACACUCAAAAAAAUAACUAAUUGGAUGAACUCAAUUUAAUUGUGGGCAGGAUUUCCAUCCAAUAAAUAUGAGAAACCCCAACUCAAAGAAAAUUCUUCCAUGUAAUGAAAUAUGAUUGAGUUACUUGAGCUCAAUUUUAUCACAAAAGCCAAACAGAAAGAAAUCCAUUAACUUAAUGAAACAUACUUACUGCAAAAGAAGGCAAAGCAAAAAAACAUUGUGUGACAUCAGUCUCGCACCUAGAACCUCAGCAUGUAGAUGCAACUGACUGAUCCACUGAUCUAACUCUUCUGUGGCUACUUAAACUCGCCAGUAUAAUGACAUAUAAUCAUUUUUCUAUAAAUGAGGUUCAUCGCGUAUAACCUUAUUGUGAGAAACCGAGUUGAAAUGAUUCCAAGCCACAGUACGUUUUUUUACGUGGAAAAACACAAACGACAGUUUUCUCUCUUCAAAAAGUCGAAGGAUUCGAAGGACUAAUAGUCAUAGCAGGCAAUAGACGAAAGAGCUGAACAUUUUAAUAGUUGAAUGGUUAAAAAAGGGGAAAAAUUGUGCCCGCAAAAUGGCGGAAGAUACUAUAAAAAGAAUAAACAAAGAGAAACAGGAAAACGGCAUUCAACCAAUAAAAGAAUAAUCAUCGGAGAAUGAUUUUGCACGUGUAAAAGGGAGUGCCUCAAUUCCGUUGCAGCCACAGCACAUGUGCACAGCAUGCCCCCUUGAUUGAACCCAUUUAUUUUGGAUAACUGGAGUUUAUAGGUGAAAUUAUUAAUACAUUUUAUGUUAGGCCUAUUAAAUGUAGAUACAUAUUUUAAAAAUAAAUAUAUUUAAAUAAAACAAACAGCAUUUACUUGUGUUACAUGAAAGAGGGGCUUGAAUCAUUUUUUUGAGUGUAGCAGGAAACAACUGCUAAAGCGCUACCAGUUGUUAGCGGGAAAACAAAAAAUCUAUGAGGCAAUAUUGAUUUUUCAAACAUCAAAUAUAAGUCCUGCACCCAAUCUAUGCAACAAAAAAAACCCUCUUGACUUAUACUCUGAAAAAUACAAUACUUGUCAACAAUAGUUGUCCGACUUGCUGACGUGAUUUUUUUCUGAUCAAGUGAAUAAAUUAUCUGUUACCUUGCCUUUUCUUUGGUUGCAUGGCUUUGUGUGUGUGUGCAUGUGUUUUCAACCUACCUGUUAAACAACAAGACAACUGGGAAGGACGACAGCAGACGUCAUUACAAAAUCUCCCCCCUGACAAUCAUGAAAUCACCUUCACUUCAUCAGGAAUGUAGGAAAACCUGGCAAACAUUGUCACCAUUUAACCAACACCUGCUGCUCGUUGUAUUGAUGCAUGUUUGAAUACAUGUUGAAGCAGCUUUUUUCUUUUUUUUUUUUUACCCAGCAGUCCCAAUUUUCCUUAUAACCCCCCUCCCCUCCCCUCCCUUUCCCCCUUCCAUGUCUAUUCCAGCUAUCCUUGCUGAUACAUCUGGCUUAAGGCUUUCUCCUGUCAUGUCACUUUCAUUCCAUUUCACAGGUCCCCCUGUAAACGUUACAUGCAAUAUUUUUAUCAACAGUUUCGGCUCUGUCACAGAGACCACCAUGGUCCACCAGUUAAUGUUACCUGCAACAUAUUUAUCAACAGCUUUGGUUCAAUAGCAGAAACUACAAUGGAUUACAGAGUGAACAUCUUCCUGCGGCAGAAGUGGAAUGACCCUCGGCUGGCGUACAGUAAAUACCCAGAUUCUUCCCUCGACCUGGACCCGUCCAUGUUGGACUCCAUAUGGAAGCCCGACCUCUUCUUUGCCAAUGAGAAGGGAGCCAAUUUCCAUGAUGUCACCACAGACAACAAGCUGCUGCGCAUCUUCAAGGAUGGAACUGUGCUCUACAGUAUCAGGUUGACUCUCAUUCUGUCAUGCCCGAUGGAUCUGAAGAACUUUCCGAUGGAUGUUCAGACUUGCACGAUGCAGCUGGAAAGUUUCGGCUACACCAUGAAUGACUUGGUCUUUGAGUGGUUGGAGUACGGCGCGGUGCAGGUCUCAGAAGGUCUCACUCUGCCUCAGUUCAUCAUGAAGGAGGAGAAGGAGCUGGGCUACUGCACCAAACACUACAACACCGGUAAAUUCACCUGCAUUGAAGUUAAAUUCCACCUGGAGCGCCAGAUGGGCUACUACCUGAUCCAGAUGUACAUUCCGUCUCUUCUCAUUGUCAUCCUCUCGUGGGUUUCAUUCUGGAUCAACAUGGAUGCUGCUCCUGCCAGAGUGGCGCUGGGCAUCACCACCGUGCUCACCAUGACCACUCAGAGCUCUGGAUCCAGAGCUUCUCUUCCAAAGGUUUCGUACGUAAAAGCCAUUGAUAUCUGGAUGGCCGUGUGUCUGCUCUUUGUGUUUGCCGCAUUACUGGAGUACGCCGGGGUUAAUUUUGUCUCCAGGCAACAGAAAGAGUUUCUCCGACUGAGGCGAAGACAAAGACGGAAUCAGAAGGAGGAGGACAUGCGUGACGGCCGCUUUAACUACGCGAGCUACAACAUAAGUCAGUGUCUGAGCACCAAGAACAGCUCAGCUGUCAAGAACACGACUCCCGCUCCAAACCCUCAACCACCAACUCCCAAGGACAUUGACGCCAUGAGGAAAAAAUUUGUGGACAGAGCCAAGAGGAUAGACACGAUCUCAAGGGCGGCUUUCCCUCUGGCUUUCCUCAUCUUCAACGUCUUCUACUGGAUCACCUACAAGAUCAUCCGCAAUGAAGACAUCAACAAGUAGUGAAGGGUUUUCUCCCAGUCAAUGCGACUCCUCCCUUCUCCGACUGAGAAACGAUGGAGUGAGAGGAACCGUGGUGAAGGUGUUCCUUCAGGGAUAUUGUACAGUGCAUCACACAGCAAAGCUCUUGUUCAGAUAAUGUGAAGAUUCCUGAGAUCCAGAUGCUUUAUUCCCUCUGCUGCAGAAAAGUUUUAUAGUCGGUUUUAUCAAGUAGAGAAGACGGAGCAGAAUGUUUCUAAAUCACACUGCUUUGGCGUCCGAGGUCCAAGGACAGCUUAGGAUUUUGGGGUUUUUUUCUUGUGAGAAGAGGACUUCUUACCCAGGUUGUUAAUCUGUUUUAUAACAUUGGACAGUCAGGAAAUAUCCUCUCCUUUUGUGAAAACUUCACACGCAGAGCACAGGCAUCAAUCUGUCAGCCAGAAGCAAAGCAGAUAAAAAACAAUACAAGAAUCGGGAGCUGGAGGAUGCAUUUUUAUGAAAUACCCGAGGCCUUAGAUAUCAGAGACUUGGUGAGACAAAGUGUUGUGCUCUUCUAUUUUUUCAAGCAUCUUCUCUCGUGGUCUCAUCCAACCCUUUGAAAUUCUCUGUGGCCAAAGUCCUCCUUUUCUCUAGUAUUCAUGGAUAUCUGAUGUCACAUAUAAAGUCAGUGUUUCCUUUAUUACUGCUUUUAUUCAAUUACUUCUGUCAUGAGCAAGUGUACAGGUGAGCCCACAAUAUCUGAACCACAUUGUUGAGUGUCGUUACCUGUAUUUAUUUACUCCAUAUUUAUCCAGUUAUCUUAAGAGGGGUUUAGCAUCCAAGAAGUGUUUUUUUUUUUUUGUAGCUUUAGUCAAAGAAAUAUUUAUUGUGUUUGAGUGGGAGGUUCCAUUUAUGAAACUAUAUAUUUCUGUUAAGUUCUUCAGACUGUUCUCCUUCACUUGUGUGUUUGGGCAUGGACUCCGUAAAGAAGAAGUCUACAAAACAUUUGUGGCACAGAGCAGCUAAAUGCAAUUGCACUCCUAAAAAAACUGUGGUGAAGAACUCUUUUUUUUUUUUUUUUUUUUUCUGGAAUGAAAAUAGAUCAUUUACAUGUACAUCAAUAAAACUGAGUGUGCACCAUGUUUACUUCACCUCGUGUCAUUUAGAAUAAAGUAAUUUUCUUGUAUUGUUCUGCAUUUCGUGUUCAACAAAUGGUUUCAAUUUUUUGUUUGUUUUGUUUUUCAUUUACUCGACUGCGAUCAGGAUCAAGGAAAGUGACAAAGACUCCGUGGUUGGAGGUGACACCAACUGAGGGUGUCUGGGUGGCCUGGGGUGACACAGAUUCAAUCUGACAGAGGGGCUUCUAUGAAUGGAGGAUAAUGGACUUUGAAUUGCAGUUCAGAGAUCCUGUCACUUGGUGUUUGCCCACUAGUUGUCUGAAAAACACAUUGCGUCAGUUGUUCAUCAGCUGUGCCCCGUUUGAUUGCAUUUGACGCUUGUUUGCAAGACCUCAAGAUGUUGCACCUUGCAGGUAACAUGAUAAACACACCUCGUCUGCCUCUCUUGAUUGAUUCAGAUGAGAUACUGAUGAUCUGAUCAUUUUGUUUAACAGCCACAGAAAAGUACUGGUAAAUACAUUUUAUUUAACAACAGAAAUACGUUAAAAAAAAGAGUUUCAAGCCAGAAGCUGUAUUACAAAGGUGCAAAUAAAUCCAAAAAAAGAAAGAA